AUGCCCGCACCAAUGUCCUUACAAUUCCCGCAUCGUGCUCUCCACGCUCAUCCAAUGGCUCCGGCGGACAUGCCCGACACUUUCGCGCCUAAAGUAGUUUCUUCGGCCCUUUCGUCGACCGGGCAGCGCGCCGUGUCCCAAUGCAGUAAUUUCGAGCUCGAGGUGUGGAUUGCAGUGGGAAUGUUGGCCGAAACCUGUCGUCUGAUAAUUGUUCUACCAGGGGCGAAGCUCAGUGCUUUCUAA